AUGAACAUAUCACACAUACUCUUGAAUAAUGCAAGAAUCAAACAUUCAGCAAGGUUUUUAAAGCCACCAGGAUUCUUUAAAAGAGCUGAAAUGAGGGAAAAACCUCAUAGGAAAACAGGACCUUUUGAGAAUCCCGUUAGAAGGUUUGUUCGUCUCCGUGAAAAGGCUCGGUUGUUCUCACAACUUCCUGCUCCCAGACAUGUUCCAUUACCGAAGCCAAUACUACCGACUCUUCUUAAACCACUUGAAUAUGUACCAAAAGUAUCGCCUGAAGUUUUGGAGAGAAGACUUGAGUUCCUACUCGGAGAUAAGGCAAAGCAACAGCAACUCCACGCAAAAAUAAGACCAGGAUUAACUCCCUAUCAAGCCGAGUUAUAUAUGUGGGAGAGACAAAUGAGAGACUUGAGGAGGAUUUACAGAGCUCAAUACAUCCAAAAGCUAAACGAUGUGACUGAAGAGGAAAGACUAAGGCAAUACAAUUUAUAUGUUAAAGAAACCAAGGAAAAAUUCGCAAAGAGGGAGGAAAUAAGAAGGUCAAUUCAUGAAGAAAAAAAGAGAAGAGCGAUAUUGAGGGACACUAUGGCAAUUGAAAAGAAAGUUACUCAAUCACUUGAGCUUGGAAGACUGUCGAGCAAAAAGAUCAAGAAUAUAUAUUGGCUGAAUAAGCUCCAGGGAGCCAUGAAUUAUGAUGAAGAUAAAAACAAUGUUAACAUUGAAGAUAUAAAUGUAGCUAAGCUGGCAAGUGACCUAGGACACCCAGCAGCUGAUUCAAAGAAAAUAAGACAGAAAAUCCUAUCAGGGAACCUAUUUUUUAGAAACAUAUUGAAGGAGUCAUUUGAACUCAUGCCUGAAGAUAUGUUCAGGUACGAAGUGAUGGACGAGGAAACACUCACACCAGAAGAAAGAGCAAAAAUAACAUAUGGAGUACUAACAGAUGAUGAAAAGCUUGAACUUCUUGACAAAAAAAUCAACAUUCUUAACGAAAAAAUCGAUCAGGACUCUAAAUUGAAGGGGAAAUCAAAAGAUAAUCUGUAUAUUCAACUAAGAGAUCAUCUAGAAGCGGCAAAACUAGCAUAUCUGGUAUGUAUUAAAAAUAUCAAUGGAAUAAUUUGUGAAAAUAUUAGAAUUCUAUACUUAUUAUAA